UAGUAAUGCCCCAUGCCUCUUGCAAUGUGUGCAGAAAUCUGGAAUUGCAGACUUGUGUGACAAUGAAACUACUAUUGAAACCUUCCAUUGCCUUCAGUCACAGCUAGUCCAAGUGUAAUUACUGACAGUACAGAUGCUAGAAACUGGGCAUCUGUAUAUCCAUACCCAGACCCAUGAGAAACAUAAAGUGGUCUUUAAAAGUAGGAACUUUCAGGUUUUGGGGUUAUGAAAAAAAACCCCAAACUGACCUCCAAACUCUGGCAUCAUCACAACAACCAGCUUUGACUUUGCAGAAGGAGCCGAGCUUUUUUUCUUGGAUUUUAUUACUGGAAAACUCUCUAAUGACAACUUUGCUUAGGAGCUGAGUGUUGUGACCUGCCCUACUUCUCCCUGCUCGCUGUGGGGACAACCUGAGGAACGUCUUGGAGCCACCUGUACUGCUUCAUGCAGUUAAAUGUGCUGAGGUCAUGAAACUUAAUCCACAGCAAGCUCCGUUGUAUGGUGACUCUGUUAUUACAGUGCAGCUGACUGAGGAAGAUAAAGUUGAAGAUGAUGUAGUUUUUUAUUUGGUCUUCGCUGGAUCAACUGUCCAACACUGCACAAGCACGAGAAAGAUUAAUCCUGGGAGUCUGGAGACAAUUUCUCCCGGCCAUGACUGCUGUGAGACAGUGAAGGUGGCACUUUGUGCCUCUAGAGAAGGUCACCCCGUUCUGGUUGUGGCAGAAGAGAGUUUCCAGUUUGUCCAGGACGAAGCCUAUGAUGCUGCCCAGUUUCUGGCCACCUGUGCUGGCAACCAGCAGGCGCUGAAUUUCACACGGUUCCUGGACCGCUCCAGGCCACCUGCUGCAGACGUGGACUUUUUGGAUGAGAAAGUGGCCUUGGCAUUUCGACACCUGAAGCUGCCGACAGAAUGGAACGUGCUGGGAGCAGACCAGUCCCUGACCGAGAACAUCCCUCGGGAAACACUGAUGCAUUUUGCGGUGAGGCUGGGUCUGCUGCGCCUGACGUGGUUUCUGCUCCAGCAGCCGGGUGGAAGAGGAGCUCUCAGCAUCCACAACAACGAAGGGGCAACGCCUGUGAGCUUGGCCUUGGAGAGGGGCUACCAGAAGCUGCAUCAGCUUUUGACAGAGGAGGGAGCCAGGGAGCCGGACUCGUGGAGCACCCUGUCUCACACCGUGCACUCGGGGGACUACAGCGUGAAGCACCACCGCGGGCUCAACGUGUACCUGCUGACAGCUGAGGCCAAGGAGGGGACAGCAGCCAGCUGGGAGAGGGACAUUCAGCACCUGCAGAUGCACAUGCAGAGCCACCAGCACCAGAGUUUAAGGCAGCAGACAGAGCCUGUACUGGGAGAUUCUGGAGACAAGUGUACUAAAGGAGCAGAGGGUCAUAUGACCACCACACCUCAGAGCCUAGAAGAAAUGGCAAGAGAAGAAAGGCAGGAAAACCCAUCUGAUCUGGUUCACCUGGACAUCAGGCAACUCUCAGACCAAACCCAUCAGGGGGACAAAUGCAACAGCAGCAGUCUGGGAGCUUUUAGUGAUGCACCAAAAGAUAUAGUCAGCCCAGGGGGUGCAAACAGCCCAGCAAGCUUCUGUGAAAGUAAAAACACAGAGAUAUUGUGUAAAAAGGAAGGAGAGGCGGGGCUAAGAUCUGCAGAGGGCUCUGGGACUGUAUCAGAUGAGGACUGCACUGUGAGCCUGUGUGCAAGUGUAAAUGGUGCUGUAAGUCUUCCAUCCUCUGGAGAUACAAAUGAAGAAGCUGGAAUGACAUCGGCUGGAGUUGUUCUGGAUCAAGCUGGUGUGGGUGCCGCAGACAGCGCCCAUCAGGAAGUGCAAACUGCUGAGGAGUUUGCUGGCACUGCUGCUGCAGGUGAAGCCUCAGCUUCCUCAGAGGGCCUGGAUGUGGCCAUGGGCCAGACUGAGUGCAGGAACUGUGCCGGGGCACCUGAGAGGGCUAAGGGCCAGCGGCGGGCAGAGGAUGGGAUGGCAGAGCCUGGUGAGAGGACUGCAAACCUGCAAGAGAAAUACCCAGCUAAGGAAGAGUCAUCCAGCGCUGCUCAGCCCUUACUCAGUGGUUUGAAUGGCACUGAGUGCUCGGAUGGGGAGGAUGCAAAUGUGGGAGUGGUGCCAGCCUGUGACGGUGCAAAUGCAGGUGGUGACAUUGGCAGUGUCUCUGCUGACCUUUGCAAGACCGGCAGUAACAAAGGGACUGACGUGGACUCGUGCUCUGCUCAGGUAAACGGUGACUUCACGGGAAGCCAGGGUGAUGCCAGUGUCACAGCGAGGCAGGAGGUCACUGCAAGCACUGCAGAAGCAUUGCCAGCGGUGAAUGGAGUGAAGGUGCCUGAAUGCACAGCAGAACCUGCUUCUGGUUUGGAAGUCCAUGGCAGCAGUGGGAGUGGGGAGCAAGAAGGGCAAGUGGAAGCAGGCUGCACAGGUGGAAAAUCCAGCCUGCCCUCACUGGAAGGCAAUGUAGAAACUGAUGGCCCUGCUGCUGAACCUGCAAACAGAGAUGGUGGAUCUAAUGAAAGUGGUGCAGAAGCUGCACAUUGCCAGGAGAGUGGUGAGAUUGCUGACCGUGGGGCUGCAGCCAUGGAGAGCAGUGAAAAGCAGCCAGUAGGAACUGAUACCAGCAGCUGCAGAGAUGGAGGAAGCAAAGAUUCUGCAGGCGGUGGUCAGGAAGUUGCCGCCUGUGCUCCUUCUGCUGCUCAAAGUGGUGUUGAAGGUGAAAUGGGCAACAGCUUCAAACCAGACACUACUCAGCAGGGUGAACGUGAGGAACGUGAGCCUGCAUCACUCCCUCCAGAGGAUGCGAGCACAGGCCUGGCAGAGAAAGAGCCUGCCCAGGCUGGAGCAGAGGAAGCAGAAAGCACUUCUGAGCAGGAGGGGAGGAGCAGCAAGGUGGAAUCGCCCUCUCCCCUACCCAGAGGAGAGGGGCUGGCUGUGAGUCAGGAGGGAGAUGCUGCAGUGGCACCUCCCGGGCAGGAGGCAGCUCUGCAAGGUAAUGACCCUGGAUCAGCUCCGUGUGCCAAGGGCGCAGACUGUGCUGAGGAUAAUUUAAUAGGCACACCCUCUGCAACUCAUCAUGAGGAAUCUAAACAAAACCAGGAAGCGGUGGUGGCGAGGGCAAGCUCGGCAGAGCUCGCCUGGCAGCACGGUGGGGAGCAUGGUGGGGUAGCUGCUGCCUGGCCCGGGGACCGUGCCAGGGACGAGGGCUCCCCUGGGCAGGGCCACUCGCAGCAACUUGAAGGAGGCAAAGCUGAACCUGAGCAGGAGGCUCGUGUGAAUGGCAACGAGCAGGUUUUGUCAGAGGAAGUUCUUGCUGCUGUUGUGAAACCCUCUGCCUGCAGUCUGGGGCGGCCUGUGGUGGGCAGCAGCAAUGUGGAUGCUGGGCUGAAAGUGACGGACCAACCCAAAGAAGAUUGCAAGACUGGAGGAGCAGAAGGCACCAUGCAUGGACCUGCAUCAGCAGAUGAGUCGGUGAGUGCAGAGAGUGCCCCUUGUCAGAAUGCUGAGCUGAACCAAGAGCAAAACCCCACUCAAACCCUACAAGGAAUCUGCCCCCCCAGCAGCACCCCUGAGUUAACGGGUGCCUCAGAGGCGGGAGCCCCGAGCGAUGCCUGUGAGGGCAAGGAGGUGCCCAGGCCAGUGAGCAUGGCCCCUGUUGCAGCAUAUGAUGGGGAGCAGGAGGACACGGAGAGCGUGCUGCCCCGGGCAGCGCUGCAGCCCAUCGCAGAGGAGCCCACAUGCGACAGCGACUCCAGCACCGACACCGUCUGCCCGGCUGGUGACAGCGACACUGCUCCUGCCCUGCCAGGGCCUCAGGGCUUGGCUGAGCCCGAUGGAAAGCCAAGCCAAGCUGUACCUGCAGUGUCCUCGCCGUGUUCCUGCCGCUUGCAGGCUGUGGAGUCGCUGGAAAACGUGGGAGUGAAGAGUUUGGUAUCGGCUAAUGAUGCCUCUUCUCUGGAUAAAGUUACUAAAAUGGUAAAAAGUUUUGAUGCAGUGGUUUUUGCAGCAGAGACACCUUGUUCUCCUGAAGCACCUGCCGCGGAAAAAGUGGGGCUUGAGCCCCAGACUGCAGUGGAUGCCAGAGCCAGCUUUAAUGGACAAAUGGAUUUCAGUUCCUCAACAAAGAAGAAAAAUGUCAGCCUGGCAGUGCAAGGAGCUGAGCCUGUUACAGGGAUGUUGGAAAUGAAAACUGAGGACGAGGUGGAUUUUCAGAAGGACGGCACAGGGGAAGUGAUAAACCGUGGGAGCUGGUGUCCGCUGGAGCCAUGUCCCGACCCCUCCGGGCUGGAGCGCAAGCGCACGCGGGACUCUGCAGAAUGUGAGAACUUCUUGGAGGAUGGGCUGAGCAGCGUCUGUGCCUCGUCACAGGGUGGUCUUAAAAGAGAGUCUGGGAGUGAGUCUGACCUCUUCCCCUUGCCUGGUGAUGGGAUGGAAGACCUUGUCUUUGGGAAGCAGGCUGAAGAGGAGCAAUCUGCAUGCGAUGUCACCAGCUCCAGCUCCUCUGCAGACGACACCGUGUCCCUGGAGAGGAACUCAUCCCUGGGCAGUGACACGUCCCUCCCCUUCCCACCCGUGGGGAGCUUCACCCAGCCCAAGGACAGGCACAGCCUGGAUGGCAGCUGCACCAACAUGGUGCCCUCAGAGGGAGGAGAGAAGGAAGAGGAGCUGGACAGCAUCACGGACGUGCCCGCUCCUUCCUCCGUCCUGCGCAGCUCCAUGCGGCCGCUGUCUCCCUUCCGCCGCCACAGCUGGGGGCCGGGCAAGAACGCCACCAACGAGGCAGAAAUCAAUCAGAGGAGUUCAAUGCGAAUUCUGGGGGAUGGUAUAAAGAAGCCUCCCAUUCAUAGGAGAAGUUUGAGCUGGUGUCCCUCAGGCGUACAGUACAUUGCCAUGGGUCCUGACUUUACUUGUAGAAGUUACAGCCUAGAAGGCCUUGCUGGAGACUCUGCUGAGAACAAGAAGCCCUCUACAAACCUGGAGGCUUCUUCUCUGAGCUCCAAAGACCUCAGGAGGAGUCCACUUGCCAGCAAUCAGUCCCUGGUCCUGCUCACUGAGGAGCUGGAGCAAGGAGAAAUCAGAGACUACAACCACCAGGUGCAUCAGACAUCGCAGCCACAAGGAUUUAACUUCUGUUCUUCUGCUGUUUCAUCUCCACUGACCAAAUCCGUGUCUCUAAUGUCAAUUAGCAAACCAGUGCUCGACACCCAGGGCCGGACUCGACCAUCGAGACGAAUCUCCUUCUCCUUCAGCAUCUCUCCACUCAUUCCUAAGUCUAAAACUCUCUUUUCUAUUGGCUCUUCUUCCAGUGAUGAGGAGGAGGAGUUGGAGAGUGCGCAGUCGUUUGGCAGCUCCGUGGGCUCCUCAGUGCAGAGCAUAUCUGAAGAGAGCAGCAGUGUCUCCGCUGGUAAAGGUGUAACAAAAGUCAGCCGCACCUUCAGCUACCUCAGGAAUAAAAUGUCCAGCAGCAAGAAGAGCAAAGAAAAAGAGAAAGAUAAAGAGAAGACUAAAGAGAAGGACAAAGAUUCCAAGGAGAAGGAAAAAGAUAAGAAGCUGUUAAAUGGACAUCUCUUCACUGCAACCUCUGUUGUAGCCCAAGCAACCUGUUACCACUGUAUGAAGCCUUUCAAUAAGGAUUCGUACUACUGUGCAAACUGUAAUGCAAUUGUUCACAAAGGCUGUAAGGAGAAUUUUGCUUCUUGUGCAAAGGUCAAAAUGAAGCCACAGAGAGGGAUGCUGCAGGCACAUGAUACCUCUUCAUUACCCACAGUAACCAUGAGAAACAAAAGCUCGCAGCCGAAGGAGCGCCCACGCUCCGCCAUCCUCACUCCCGACGAGAGCACCGUCACCUCCACCUUCAACAACAGGAGAUCACAGCAGCCCACUGCACUCUCCAAAAGUGUCUCCAUACAGAACAUUGCAGGAGUUGGGAACGAUGACAGCUUAAUACACACUUGGAAAUUCCUGUCGCAGUCAACAGAUUCUUUACAUAAAAUCAGCCGGGUUAAUGAAUCCAUGGAGUCACUGGUUGAUGAAGGUGCAGACAUGAAUGAAGGACAGCUCAUGGGAGACCUGGAAUUAGAUUCCAAGCAGCUGGAGGCAGAGUCCUGGAGCCAAGUAGUGGACAGCAAGUUCCUACAGCAGCAAUACAAAGAUGUUGUCAAACGGCAAGAUGUGAUUUACGAGCUAAUGCAGACGGAAAUGCACCAUGUCCGCACGCUGAAGAUCAUGAACGAUGUGUACAGUGCAGCCAUGUUAAAGGAGCUGCAGUUCGAUCAGCAAGUCGUGGACAAGCUCUUUCCCUGCCUGGAAAACUUGCUGCACAUCCACAGUCAGUUUUUCCAGCGGAUUCUGGAAAGGAAGAAGGAGUCACUGGCAGACAAAAGUGAAAAGAACUUUGUUAUCAGGAGGAUAGGUGACAUCCUAGUGAAUCAAUUCUCUGGGGAGAACGCUGAGCGAAUGAAGAAAACGUACGGCAAAUUCUGCGGGCAUCACAACGAGGCUGUCAAUUACUUCAAAGAUCUUUACUCAAAGGACAAGCGCUUUCAGGCAUUUGUCAAGAAAAAAAUGAGCAGCUCCCUGGUGCGGCGUCUUGGGAUUCCUGAAUGUAUCUUGUUGGUAACACAGAGAAUCACAAAGUACCCGGUCCUUUUACAAAGGAUACUGCAGUACACCAAAGAAAAUGAAGUGGAACAUGAAGACUUGACUCAGUCGUUAAACCUUGUUAAAGAUGUGAUUGCUGCAGUCAAUAGCAAAGUCAGCAAGUAUGAAAAGAAAAUGCGUCUUGAGGAGAUUUACAACCGGACGGACAACAAGUCCAUCAUGAGGAUGAAGAGUGGCCAGAUGUUUGCAAGAGAGGACUUGAUGCAUCGGAAACUCAUCCGAGAUGGGCCUGUUUCACUAAAAAACGCAGCUGGCCGGUUAAAAGAAGUCCAGGCUGUUCUCCUCUCUGACAUGCUCGUGUUCCUUCAGGAGAAGGACCAGAAGUAUGUCUUCGCUUCACUGGACCAGAAAUCCACUGUGAUCUCUCUGAAGAAGUUGAUAGUACGAGAAGUGGCUCAUGAAGAGAAGGGUUUGUUCCUGAUCAGCAUGGGUGGAAAGGAUCCUGAGAUGGUGGAAGUCCAUGCCAGCUCCAAAGAAGAGCGCAACGGCUGGAUACAGAUCAUUCAGGACACAAUGCACACCAUGGAUAGAGAUGAAGAUGAAGGAGUCCCUUGUGAGUCUGAGUUUGAAAAGAAAUUGUCCGAUGCAAAAGUGAGAGGACUGAAAGAACAACUUCAGCAGAAGGAUAAACAGAUCCUGCUCUUGCUGGAGGAGAAGACGAAGAUCUUCCAGGACAUGUCAGACAGUUCUGUGCAGGAGGAGGUGCCAGACUCCAGGCUGCUCUUCAGAGCCAACACAGAAGAGGCUCCAAAAGGAGAGGCAAUCAUGAAAACGGCAAUAGAUGAAGUUGAACUGCUGCAAGACCUGGUGAGCAGGAGCCUGGGCACUGCCCUUGGACAGCAAGUCAGCAGCGCUGCCAUGGAUCAGGAGGGAGGAGUUGGCCCCAUCUCACUCCCUAGAAGGGCAGAAACUUUUGGAGGAUUUGACAGUCAUCAGAUGAACGCCUCCAAGGCAAAGCAGAAGGGAGGAGUUUCCUCCUGCAGAGAGGUGGAAGGUCCCAGGACGUGGCGCAGGAGAGCAGGUGGAGCGAAAGAUGAAGGCGAUGAUGCUCAGGACCUUCGGAGAACAGAGUCUGACAGCAUUUUAAAGAAGGGUGGAAAUGCUAAUUUGAUGUUCAUGCUGAAAAGGAAUAACGAGCAGGUCCUCCAAACCAUUACCAGACUCCAUAAGCUGCUCAGUGCUUUGCAGGGCGUGGUGCUGCAGCAGGACACCUACAUCGAGGACCAGAAGCUGGCUCUGAGCGAGCGGGCUCUGAGCCGGAGCUUCUCCCGGCCCACCUCGCUGCUGGAGCAGGAGAAGCAGCGCAGCCUGGAGAAGCAGCGCCAGGAGUUGGCCAACCUGAAGAAGCAGCAGACACAGCACCAGGAGGAGAGGCGGAGGAGGGAGAAGGAGUGGGAGGUGCGGGAGAAGGAGCUGGCAGAGCAGGAGGCCGAGCUGGCGCAGCGCGAGGAGCAGGUGCAGAGGCAGCGGCAGGAGCUGGAGCGCGAGCGCGAGGAGCUGCAGGUGAGGAAGGCGGCCUACCAGCUCGACCUGGAGAGGCUCCGCACGGCGCAGAAGCAGCUGGAGAGGGAGAAGGUGCAGCUGAAGCAGGACGUGGAGAGAUUUGCUCAAAUGCGGCAGGAGCCUGACCACAACCAGGUUUCAAAUCUACAUGAGAAACUUGCAAGAGUCUCUUCCCAGUCCAGCAUUGAUGAAUCCUCCAUACAGAAGAACCCUUCCCUUCCUAAACAAGGGCACUUUGAUGCAGAACUUUCUGUCUCCCCCAAAAGGAACAGUCUUUCAAGGACACACAAAGAGAAAAGCACUUUCCAUUUGCUUAGCACAACAAACCAGACUAACAAGGCAGCUGAGGAACAGACCCAGAUGCCUACUCGCCUCUUCAGUUUAGCCAAACCAAAGGAGAAGAAGGAAAAGAAGAAAAAGGGCAGGGGACAUCGCUCCCAACAGUCUGAUUCUCACUCAUCAGAAGCACCUCCAGAAGGUGAGGAGAUCUUCUGCUGAACAUGGACUAUUGCAGUGGUCACUCGUGGCAUUGGCACCGUGGACAUCUCCCUGCCUGUGACACAGCACGCGGCUGGUGCCUGCGCUGGACAAGCAUCUGGAGGUUUUAAAUAAAAAAAGUUCUGAAGUCUGCUAAGUGGUAGAUAAGGGCCUCUCUCCUGUGGUUUUAGGUGAAUUCUCCCUGCAGAGGCUGUGCCUGCAUGGCACACAGCACCAUCUCCCCGUGCAAACCUGGGGUCAAAUGAAUUGGGGUAGAUGUUGUCUGUCUCUUCUUACUGCUAAAGGAUGAGAGAACAUAGCCUUAAGGGGUCUGUGCCUUCAAAUUCCCCUUUUCUGGGGAAAAGAACCAAAACCAAGCAUUUAGCAAAAGAUUAGGACUCUACAAAUGGUGCGUACACACUGGCAUAUAUAGAUAUACUGUAUAUGUACAUAUAUGUAUCUAUGUAUCCACUGGGAUAUGCUUGCAGUCCCUACAGCCAAGGUCCACCCGUGGGGAUAGAUGAUACCUGAGGACUUUCAGGGAGUGUGUAGAUAUUAAAUAUCUUGCCCUUACUGCUCCAGCUGUAACACAAUGACCUGCACACCCCUUUUGUGCUCAUGGGAUAAGGGAUGUUUGGUUUCAGAAGGGUACCUUACACCAGGAAGCAGUAGCAGCAUUCAGAAGCAACAACUCAGAGGAUAAAAAUUAACAUUUAAAAUCAUUAUGAACAAUUUCUGUGGGGCAGAGAAAUCAAAUGUCAAACUUUUUCUAGAGUCAAGCAGAACAUUAUUGGAUAUAUUUUAAAUGGUGCAGAUGAGAGAAUUUUGGUAGGUUGGUAAGGCCAUCCCAGGGAGCCAGAACAUACUGUUCAAAUGGAAACUGCAGUAAGCAACAGUUUUUUUACACAAUCUCUUUGAGUUCCAGCUCAGUCCUUCCCAUCCCUGAAAUAAAGAUUAUGUUUUUGCCAGAAUAGAGCUCUCCAGUUGCAUUUGACAUCCCCAUACAAGCCUAAUGAUUGAGUGGGGGACUGGCUACAAAUCUGCUUUUAGGGAUCUUUGUUCUGUUCUUUGUGUUUUUCUUAGCCUGCUUUUUGUGCUGCCCCUGGGUUUCUGUUUCUCUGGGUUUUCUCACUUGCCCUGCUCGUGUCUGAGGCAGAGGGAGAGCAGCAGUGUCCGAGCAGGUCAGUGAGAUGCAGCAGGGCAGGCUCCAAGGAGAGGGCUGCUGUCCCUGUGGCUGUGCAGCACCGACCACCUAGGAACCAUUUCUGGGGAGAAAAAGGCUCUGGUGGACAAACCCCCCGUGGGACAUCCCAGAGGCCAGCGUGGCGUGUCCCUGUGGCCUCUAGGCUGGAGUGUCUGUGCAGAACAGGAAGAUUCAAGGGCAGCUCUUGCUGUGCCAGCUGUGGGGUGUCUGUAAAGUUGUGGAGUACAGGCAUGUGUUCAGUGGGGGAGGAGAAAUGCAACAAGAAGUUCUUUUCUCAAAAAUCACCUUUCUUCCAAACCCUGUCAGGAGAAUUACCCAAGUGGAUUUGUAAAUGGUUACCAGCUUCAAAAUAGGUCCAGGUUUUGCUCAAGAGUUUGAAGCUGUCAGGUGCAUUUCCUUUCCUACCAGUUUUUUUCUUUGAAAUAACAAUCUGUCUUUUUGUACUAUUGUUUGAUUUCAGUUUGCUCUCAGGCUUGUCAUGAGCUGGUGACCCGCAGCAAUUUUCAGAGUUAGUGCUGAUGAGUAUCAGCAGCAUUGAUGGUGAGGUGGAUGCUUGGGCUGGGCUGUCUUGGUGCAGGAACCCUGCUUGCUUUGGAAGCUCUCUACACUAUUAAAACUCAAAAGAGGAAAAAAAAAGAAAGGAAAAAGGGUUGAGAUUUAAUUUUAUUUUGUUUUUUUUAAAUAUUAUUUGGUGCUUGUUCUUAAUUGCAAGCAGGGCUUGCAAAAAUAUUUAUCUUUCAUUUAUCUGAAAGAGUUUUUUUUAAAGUUUACUUGGUUUUAUUUUUUUAUUUCUUUUUAUUUUUGCUUUUGUUUCGGGAAUAGUUUGAGGGGUUUUUUUUUUUCCUCUUUCCCCUCUUUAUUUCUUUCUGUUUGUUUGUUUGUUUUGUUUUCUUACCAAAAGAUUGGUAAACCAAAUGUUCUCCUCUUCCUGUUUCUGACAAACCAUGGGGUUGGGCAGUGCUGCUUUGCAGCUCAUUCCAUGCCCAAAGUCACACAAUUUCAGCUGAGAGCUUUCUUCAAGGCAGAGCAUCUUCAGGCCAAAAAAAAAACUGGAAAAAGACAUGGUGACUUCAGACAGGGCUCCUUCUGUCAAUUAGUUUCCACCUUUAAACAUUUUGGUUAGGUUUUCUCAUUCCCUUUGGAGGCAAAGGAGAAAGCAAAGCAUGGAGUGCCUUGCAGUGAUGUGAGGUUCUAGUUGCUCUCCAGGGCCUGAGGGGAGCUGAAGGAGGCACGUGCUGGUGGUGUGGUGUUACUUUUUCAUAAGAAAACCACCAACUUCAGAAAGUAACUUCUGCCCUGCUGCUUAUGCAUCUGCAGACACGAAUGAGCCAAGCUGAAAUUUCUGGAAACCAAAGCAGUGCGUGGCUCAUGUACUGUUGUGUGAGCAGAGACCAGGGCACUGGUACAUCUGAGCUCCCCUCAGUCUGGAACAGCCUUUGCCACUAUGAACUUUUCAUUUUAUCCCACUGUCUUUUCCCCAGUCCCAGCACAUGCUAUAUUCACAACACAGCAAUGUCCUGUGGCUCUGAGAAGGGCACCAAAAGGCAGAUAAGUGAUCCAGGGCAGCAGGAUUGAGUCUGCCUGGCUUCACCAUCUCUCCUGACCUGUGCAAAUCAAAAAGAGCAAUCAGUGCCUGAAGUGCAAAUACUGUUGGCUAAGUGAUCUCCCAGGGUCCCUCCAGGUUCCUUGACAGAAACCACAGGUGUGAGUCAGAAAUACAGUGACCAGAAAUCCUGUGUACCAAAGCUCUUUGUGUCUUAAAUUCUGGUGGACAGACCUUUGUCCCUGGUGGAUGUGUGUUACUGUAUGAUUCAGUUUUUUGGAAUGAAGCCUCUCCUCCCACGCUGCUUCCUCCUUCUUUCACCUUUAGGAAGGUAAGGGCUUGUUUUUAUCUCUUUAGCCUUUUAUUUUUCCCAUCUCAGGUUUUCUUUGGAAAGGCUUGGCAUAUGUUCCCAGAGUCAGAUUCUUGCUCUGAUCCCUGAAGGUUGUCUAGUGUUGUCUGCUAGAGUAUUGUCCCAGCUUGACAGCACCAAAACCUUUCCUCUUCCUGGCCUUAAAAUUCCAUUUGCUCCAGUUCCAUGCCUGGCAUCCAUCCUGCAGUUGUUGAAAGCAUGUUCUGUCUUCAGCCCAGCCUGCUGCUAGUUCCCAGAGCCAGUCCCUCCAUCCCAUUUGGAGCUCCCAAAUCACCCUGUUUUGCAUGGGGUUCCUGGGACUCAGAGGAGGUUCAAAAACAUCUCUUUGAAGCCCAUGUUGUUGGAGGAGAAGAGGAUCCUGCGAGGGCGCUUGGAGCUGUUUGUGCUGGUGUUUCUUGGAGGGCAGAAAUCAGAUUUGAUUUUCUUGGGCUUUUCUUGGCCUGGUCUUUGCCACUGCCCAACAGGAGGGUUUCAGUGUCCAGGGAAGGUGAGAGUGUGGGCUCAGACAAGUACAGAAGUGGCCAGUAUCAGCUGGGGGUGCCAGAAUACCCAGCAGCAGAGAGCAGCUGUAGCAAAGGGUGGGAGACUCGAUGGGUCUGUGUGGGCUUGGCCUUAGAUUCUUUUAAAUGAAGUGAUCAUCUCAACACAACUUGAUGUCAAUUUGAUGCCAUAAAGCACUUUAAAUGGAACUGCUCUUGCCCCUUUCAGUUAUAGUUAUUUGGAGACAAUCAGUUUUGCCAUUGCUUCCCGCUCUGUAUCAGCAACAAAAUCAGAGCUUCAAGUAGGUGUGUUCCUGAUUUGGUUUGGCUUUUCCCUGAGAGGGGAGGAAGGGCCAAGCUGUUUGUAUUAUCUUUAGACCAAAGUGGGUGUGAAUCUGACUACAGUUCCACUGCAGAUAGGUUAAGUGGCAGGACAAGAGAACUGGCUUGUGUUGGCUCAGGUACAUCCCCCAGGAGAGCCCGUGUCAGCUUCACCAUCACCUUCCUCACAGCAUGUAGGGAAGCAAACCCACCAGCAGUUUUCCCUCCAUCUCCUUUUCCUUGGAGAAACUCAGAGUGAAGGAGAUGUGAGGGGAUGCAUCCAGAUAAGUGAGGCCCUUUCCAUGCACCAGGAUAUUUACUGUCCAGGCCACUGGGACACAUCCCAGUGCUGUCAUCCCCACUGAGGGUGGACUCUUCCCUCUGGAGGUGUGGCAGCACAGUAAUGCCAUCAGCUUGUGUGGAUUUGCAUCCAGAGAGUCCAAUUGCCUUUGCACCUUCCUUGAGUCACUAGGAUAUCUCACAGCUAUUGCUGAAACACCCAGUUCCAGUCCUUCCACAUGCCACCUAGUCAGAAGAGGUUCUUCAGGUGCCAAAUCCCAAGGAAGCUGUCUAGGAUGUCUAUGGCAUGGGGCAAGGGAGGACUGGGCAGGGGACAUAGGAGAGUGUCUGCUAAAAUCCCACUAAACAUUCCUCGUUAACCAGAACUCUGGAAAUUAUUGUGCCUGCUGGCCAGGUUUGGGAAUUGAUCAUGAAUUAGGGCACCCUUUUAAAUAAAAAACGUCCCCUGCUGCUCAUAACUCUUGCUUCAUUUGUCAGAAGGGGCAGCAAUCCACAAUUCUUCAUUGGUGAUACAGCUAAAUUUUAAAUAUAGGCGAGCUGAACUGGCCAAAUCUCCUACACCUGGGCUCUUCAGUCUUGAGAGGUGUAACACCAGCUCCUGCUUUUCCAGGGCUCUGUGCCCUCUCCUUCCACGUGCAUUUCACUGACACUGAUGCUUUGCCCAAAUAUAGUUCAGCUUCCAUUGCUUGGGGGGGAGGGGGGAACAGGAUAACACUCACUGCUUUGCAUACAGCUAUGAGCUUUGUAUGUAUUUAAGCUGCCUAUAGGUAUCCAUCCUUUCCUGCUCUAAAGUAAUGCUACUAUUUUCUUUAUCAAUAUUAAACACUGACUCAAAAAAAAAAUGAAAUAAAAAUCUAUGUCCAGUUCAGUUCGCCUAUGGUUAAAGUUUAGCUUGGUGUUUAUUUUGUACUAAUAUGGAAUGCACUUGAGUAAUUCCCGGAACAUUGAGGUAUAUUAUAAUAACCUGAUGUACCUCUGCUUUUGGUUUGUUUCUUAUUAAAAAAAAAAAAAAGGAAAAAAAAAAAAAGCUUUGCAUUUUCACGUUGAACCCAUAAAGAAAAAAAGUUGGGAAAAAAAGAUUUUUAAAGAAGAGGGUAAAACCUAAUUGCUGUAUGUUAAUUUGUAAUUAUGUAAAAAGUAAGCAGGUUAUUGACUGUAAAAUUCUUCAGUUUUUCUGUAACUUGCCAGAAACCAUUAGGUUUUGUAACAAGCUUUUAUUUAUCUUCCUUUUUAGUUAUCAGUAUCAACCUCUUGUAAAGUCAUUCUUCCUCUAAAUAAAUUUGAUUUUAAGUCUGA